AUCGUUGACUUUUCUAUCAAUUUUGUUAAAAAUGACUUUAUGUCUAAAAUUAAAAAAAUACAUGUGCUUCUAUUACUAUAUCUGACGGUGCAGAUUGCGAAAGCGAAUGAACUAGAAGAAGCGAAUAUUAAAGUGUAUUGCAGUGAAUAUGUGCCCUACGGAAUUCGCACUAAUAUCGUCAUAGCCAUGGAAAGUAUUCCUGUUAAGUACAAAGUAACUAUCUUGCUUAGUACUCCCAGCUACCUAUUGGCCCUUUUUGAGUUGGGAGACGAAGCUAAAGAAAUGGGUCCCAGCUUCAGGAGCACCUCAUCAAUCAGUGAGGAGCUUUCAAUUUAUGGAAUCAAGACGAAAACGAAACCCGAAUAUGAACAGGGAUACUUUGCCAAUUUAAGUGCUAAUUUUUGGUCGGUCAGUGAUAAGGUUAUUACGCUUCUGGGUCGAAUAAAAUUAAAGAGGAUCUAUGAGAUUAAAGUAGCCAUUCCCAUUGAAGUAAGUCUGCCCGCGCGUUGUUCUCCGCAAUUGACAGUGCUAAAGUGUUCAGAUCCCCUAUCGCCACGAAAAGUUCUGAUCACUCGUGGCAUUUUGAUUAAUGCCUUUUUUCUGGAACCCUGUAACCUGCCCGUGAGGGCUACAUAUUACUGGAGUCUAAGAGAUUUUGUUGGGUUAACACAGUUUGCAUCAUAUACCACGGAUGGUCCUUUCAUUAAUAUUCCGGCAUUUACAAUGAGGUUUCCCACUUCCUAUGAACCCUGGCGGGAUUUAUAUCUUUUACAAGUCGAAGGAAGUGUUAAUGGUUUGCAAUUCGCAGCUCGAUGUUACCUAAAAUCGAUUAUGGGUAAUGUGGAGGCCAUCAUUCUUGGUGGUCAAAAUAGACUGGCCCGACAAGGUGAAACGAUUUGGAUGAACGGCUCCCUGAGCUACGAUUUCUCUAAGAGAAGAGGGGAUAUCCAGUUUUCUAAUUACAAUUGGAAUUGUUAUUCUGCUGAUGACAUAGACAACCCAUUUUGCCAUCGGAACAUAUCGUCGGUUGCGGUGUUUUCUAUUCCUGCCAAAUCCUUUAAAAGUGGCUGCAGAUAUACCUUUCGUUUGCAAGUUUUCCGAGAUGGCAAUCCCAAUGUUUCAUCCCAAAAAAUGCAAGCAAUUACUGUGAUAGAACAUAAAAUACUAGAAGUAACAAUAGAAUGUGUAAGGAAUUGCAGGAACGAUUUCUUUACUCCAAGCUCAAAGAUUCAUCUAAGAUCUAAGUGCGCCAAUUGCGGUGGUCAACUUGUUAGAUACAAAUGGUUCGUUGAUGGUCAGCUGCUGGUCACCAGUCGAGAUUUAGCAUUGUACAUACGCUCUGCACCAAAAGAAAUCCGGAUUAAGCUCAUUGUUUAUUCAAAGUAUGGGAUCUAUGGCCGAAAGGUCAAAACCCUGUUUAAAAAUACUGGUCCCAGAGGCGGAGUAUGUUCGGUUUAUCCAAAGCAAGGUUACGAGGCAAUCACGCCAUUCUAUCCAUGCUGCCAAAACUUCGUGUCCUUGAAUGGUCCCAAGGAAUAUUGGUAUUAUGCCGGCUCAGUUCUGGUCGGCAGUUGUGUGGACUGCAACUGCGAGAUUUAUUUACCUGUUACCAGUUCCAUAAAGGUGCUCGUAUGUGAUGUAGCAUGGGCAUGCCGAACCAUUUAUAUGGAGGUUAAGAUCAUUCCCCUGAGACGUAUUCCCCACAAUAUCCAUGGCCUGCUGGAGAAAGGACUUAUGCAUCGGUAUUUGCAAACCAUUCAAUCUGCAGCAUCCCACCUAACUAAAGCGGAAUCUGGAUUAAAUCUGACCAGGAAUCUUACUACCAUUCCUUUCCAGUCGCGCAGUUCGCUCGCAAGAUUGGCUAAUCUUACCUUAACUCUGGCACAUCGCUUGUAUUUCGUCGAUGAGCAAAAGGAGUCUCUACUCACGAGAAUGGUCAGGAUAAUGAAUAACAACUUAGAGCAAAUAAACAGAAAUGAGGGAGAAACGUUUCUUGUGGAAAAGCCAUUUAAUAACUUAAGACUAGCUUGCAGAGAGUUGUAUGAAAUAAUCAAGAGGCUGUGCAAGAAGACUCCUCGUCCCCCAAUGUCAGUUUACGAUCAAUACCAACGGGCAUUUUCAACUGGAAAAUUGGAUCAGUCCCUUGUCGAAAAAUUAGUGGAUAAGACCCAAAAGCUCGCAAAAGAUAAAUCAAAUACUCCGUGGAUUAUGUGGCUGAACUCCACUUGGGAAAUGGAGCGCCUGUAUCGUCAUUUAAACUAUCAUAGUGGUAUUUAUCGAUCCGAUAUUAUUGACCCAAGAAAGGAAAUGUCCAAAGGAGUUGCACUGGAAAUUCAAUGUUUCGACACUUUUCCCAAGAAAAUCGUUCGAGUACUUUCAAGUGAUAAGAUUCAUAUGGUUCUCUUCUCCCGAGCAGUUUUGAAGGAAGUUCUUAAGACGGACGAGGGUAGAGUAUGUCUCAAGUUGGUUUCCAUGAAACUGAAACUGAACUGGUGGUAUCCCAUUAACAAGAAGCCCAGUACUCUUGUGCUAUCUGUGCGCAUUUAUCAAAGGGAAGAUAAUUUCACGGUGCAGAUACCACUGAAUCGGAGUCAAAUUCACAUGAAGACUUUCAUAACCUAUGACCCCGAAGUUGAUAGCGAGAUCAGGAAUAGUUUAACCAGCAGCAGGAGAUACCCAAGAGCAAUCCGCUUUUCCUCAACUGAGAUUAAAAACUGCCUCAGAGAAGGCACUCUUCAAACGCGUCAGGAGGUCCGGAUGUACCGUAUGGUACUCAUGGAGCACACAUUGCUGGCUGUGCACUUCACCACAUCCACUCACAAGCUUCAAGUGGUCCUGAGGACGAAGCAUAAGCCAUCCGUAAGAGAAAUCUCCAACUCCAAGUGCACAAUACCUGCAUUAACGACGAAUGCCACCCUUCUUCUGCGAAAUAACUGCCACAAAGCUGAUCGAGCAUAUAUUGCACUGAGACUCUACAGUGAUACCUCGAUGGGAAAGGCCGAUAAUAGUCCAAUUCCUAACGGACCGGCCAGAUUUGCAUUCGUUUUUCAGAUUCGCAGCUGUGACACGUGGCAGUAUUCCGCAAGUUUGGACAAUCAGAAGUGGCUUCAUUAUGGUUGCUAUCCCACAAUGGAUCUCAGUGUGGAGAGGGGUAUUCGUUGCACCUGUACUGUCCUGGGAACUUACACCGAUUAUUUGUACUAUAUACCUGGCGUGGAGGUUCCAAUUGGUGUUUUCCAAGCAGCAACGCUUAGUAUUUUAAUUAUACUUCUCUAUUUGGCUGUACUUUUAAUUAUACUGCUGUGGAUACUAUGGUUAUAUAAAUACCGAAAUAAGCUUCCCAGUAAGACUAUUCUAUUUCCGAAGUUCGAACUGGAGGAUGAAUCAACGGGAGAGUUGCAUGAUGUGAUGAUAUCCUUAAGGACCGGAGGUCGCAUAAAUUCGGGAACCACAGCUUCUGUCCACCUUUCUUUCCUCGGCCAAUCACAGCCCGUUCGUCAUAUUGCAAUCAAACAGGAUCCAGAAAAUAUAUUUCUAAAGCCCAAUACCACGCUUUAUAUUUGGGUACGAACUCGUGAUAUUCGCAUCCCAACCAAGGUUAUGGUUUACCACAACAAUGCCGGGCGAUUUCCGAGGUGGUUCCUUCGCCGCAUCGAGGUGACCGACAUUCAGACAGGUCAAACGCAGGUGUUUUUAGCCCGGAAAUGGUUGGAGAAGGGUUCACUGUUGAUGUCCUCAACACUGAUCUAUAGACAAGGUGAUGUACGAAUGUUCGACGUGUGGAAGAAUCGAUUUUUGAUUAGCUUCGAGAUGUACUGGAUCAACUGGUCGCUGUGGCAACCUGUGACCGGCAGUUGGAGGGAGUCCGUCCAUUAUCCACGUAUGUCCCGAGCCAAAAGAUUUUGCGAGUUCAUCUGCAAACUGUUGGUCAAUUAUACUAUAUGCGCUUCAUUCUUUGGCGUUACAACGUCCGAAAAUUUACAUGUAAUGCGAUCUUUGUUUUUGAACUACAAGGAUAUAAUAAUCCUAACCAUGAUAUGUUCUUUUGUAGAUCUGAUUUUGCAAACUAUGUUUGAUUUGGUUAACUAUAAAUUCGGUUAAUAUGGCUUCGUUAAUAAAAUCAAUAAAGUACAUGAUUUCUAA